AUGUCGUCCGUCAAGACAGUAGUUGCAUUUGACUUGUAUGGGACGCUGCUCUCUACUGAAUCAGUUGCCGAGGAGCUCGCUAAGCUCUUCGGAGAGGAUAAAGCCCAUUCUCUUGCUGCGGCAUGGCGUAAAUACCAAUUGGAAUAUACAUGGCGCCUCAACUCCGUGGGUCCUGAACACUAUCAGAACUUCAGCCAGGUCACACGCAACUCUCUGAAGAACGCAAUUCUGGAAUACGGGCUUGACAUUUCGGACAGUCAGGAAGACAGUCUGAUGCAAGCUUAUGACGCUUUGCACGUUUUUCCAGAGGUCCCAGCAGCGUUGAAAUUGGUAUCCGAAAAGAAUGAGCUGAUUGACCCCUACAUUUUCUCGAACGGUACUUUGGAAAUGCUCGGCAAUUCCGUCAAGAGGUCGCCGGAUUUGGGACCCCACGCAAGUCUAUUCAAGUCUCUCGUCACAGUAGACUCGUUGAAGGUGUACAAGCCAGCGAUGAAAGUUUACAAGCAUCUUCUAAGUGAAGUCGGCAAAAAGGAUCAUGCUGGUGAUGUAUGGCUUGUGAGCGGAAACCCGUUCGAUGUUGUUGGUGCAAAGAUUGCUGGACUCAAGGCCGCCUGGAUUGACAGGGCUGGAACAGGUUGGGUGGAUCGCCUGGAUGACAUACAUGUUCCCACAAUCAUAGCAAGCGGCGUUGACGAUGCUGUCAAGGGCAUCCUGACUUGGGCUGCCGAUAGCCACCAGAUAGCUUAA